AUGCAAUGCUAUCUUCGUUUACUUUUAGCAUUUAAUAUUUUGGUUGGCAUCAUCGGAUCCCAAGCGACUUGGAACAGAAUAGAAACUACUUAUAAAAAUCUUAAAGCUGAAGUUGAAACAUCGAAUCGAUGUACUUCGAGCAAACAAUGUGCAGCUGAAGCAACUGGAAAAAGAGCAUGUGGUGGUCCAAACGGAUAUAUAGUAUAUUCAACUGCUAAGGCUGAUAGUGUACGUAAGAUCAAGUGGCUUGCCAGUCAAACACGAUCUCUUGAAACUAUGUAUAAUCGAGAAAAUGACAUCGUUUCAAUUUGUUCUAUGGUAAUGCCACCAUCAGUCAGUUGCAACAGUGGAAAAUGCGUUGCAAUAGAUAAAUAUAAACGGAUUCAUUCAGUGUAUUAA